AUGCUUAGGCGUGCUUUUUCAUUCUGCAAAACUGGAAGGCAUAGUAAAGUUUGCACAGUUGUUGGAAGUCAAUGGGGUGACGAAGGAAAAGGAAAACUUGUUGAUAUUCUUGCUAGGGACUAUGAUAUGGUUGGACGUUUUAAUGGAGGUGCCAAUGCUGGCCAUACUGUGCAUGCAAAUGGCGUUAAAUUUGGUUUCCAUCUCUUGCCAUGUGGAGUUCUCUACUCACGCACUCACAAUAUACUAGGAAAUGGCGUCGUUAUGCAUUUUCCUACAAUGCUUGAAGAAAUCAAGCAGGUAGAAGCAGCAGGAAUUACUUGCCGCGACAGAAUUUUUGUUUCUGACAGGGCUCAUAUCGUAACUCAAGCUCAUAUAUACUAUAAUUAUGCACUAAUCCUUUAAAAAGGCAUAUAUCUACCAAAUUUUAUUAAAAUAUAGCUAUUAAUUUAUAAAUAUUAUCAAAAUUACACUGUUUUCUGCAUAGAAGCAGAUGGUGCCCAAGAAAGAUCACGUGGUUCUGAAGGAAUAGGAACUACAAAGCGUGGAAUCGGCCCAACAUAUACCACCAAAAUGAUGAGAAUUGGGCUAAGAGUCGGCGAUUUACUCCACUGGGAUUCUUUUGUUCACAAAUAUAACAGGGUAGUUGAUUUCUUUGAGCAUGCCUACAGCCUUAAAAUAGACCGUGCAAAAGAACUUGACGAAUUUCAAAGCCUGAGUCGUGAAAUCAGGCCUAUGAUAGUAGAUACUGUCUAUCUAGUAAAUAAAGGCCUUGAUGAUGGGAAAAGACUGAUUUGUGAAGGAGCAAAUGCAUUAAUGCUAGAUGUAGACUAUGGAUCGUGGCCAUAUGUUACAUCAAGCUCUACUGGAGUAGCUGGAAUCAGCUCAGGCCUUGGCAUUGCACCAUCUAAAAUUGAAUCUACUAUUGGAGUUGUUAAAGCAUAUACAACGAGAGUCGGUGCUGGGCCUUUCCCAACUGAAAUUAUUGGAGGUGUAGGAGACCACUUGCAGACUAAAGGACAAGAAAUUGGAGUUACUACAGGAAGAAAAAGAAGAUGUGGUUGGCUUGAUUUGAUGGUCGUGAAAUAUAGCUAGUUUUAUCAAAUAAUAAUAUAUGCAAAUCCUGUGUUCUUUUUCUUCAUAAAUUAUAAUAAUAGUCUAGUUGUAACAGCAAAGAAUUCAUAAUAUAUAUUAUAUACACAUAUGAUCAAUAAUUAUACUUCCAUUAACAUCACCAAACUUGAUAUCCUUGACGAACUAGAUGAAGUCAGAAUAGGAGUUGGGUAUAUGCUUGAUGGAAGCCCAAUAUAUACAAUGCCAAGCAACUUAGAAGACUUAAGCAGAGUUCAAGUCCAAUAUGAGACUCUCAAAGGGUGGAAAUGCGAUACAACUAAAAUUGAAAACUGGAAUAGUCUUCCUACAAAUGCCAAAAAAUAUCUGGAUAAAAUUACUGAAGUCACAGGAGUGCCAAUUUCAUGGGUUGGGGUAGGACCAAAAAGAGAAAAUAUGCUUCUUAAUCCUUCAUUCUCUUAA